AUGGAACAGGCUGUCUCAUUUGAUAAUGGAGCUAUUGCACUUGAGGAUCUCAAGGACUGUCACCUAAAGAAUCUACCUUUCGAUACCCCAGCGGAUAUAGAGCGGUACUGGACCCUUGCUGCGGAAUGCAUCAAGUCGGACUUCGUCAUUGAGGGUGGAACACCUCUUGUGGAUAUUGACAUGGAAGAAAAUCCGCCCUGCAAACUCCCAGCGGAGAUCGUCCAGAUGGAACAGGCAAGUGCCGCGGGAGACGUCGCAGCAGCCGAAGAAAUCUACCACGAGUGGCUUGCCCAGCCACAGGACAGCGAACGAGCUCACAUCAACCAUUUUGCAAGCUCCUUUGCGAUUGCCAUGGCGCACGGCCAUCUAUCCAUUGCUUCAUACCUCUUGAAAGUCGGAGUACCCAUGAAUUACCGGCACUUCGAACUAGCGAUAGAACACAAGUCUUAUGCAUUCCUUCAACUGUACUUAGACUACGGCUAUAACAUCAACAAAUCACCCGACUGGGCCACUCCACCGCCGCUCUUCCAAGCCUUCCAAGAUGAUGCACUUACGCGAUGGCUACUUGACCAUGACGCAGAUCCAAAUGCCCAAUGUGUCUUGGAUCUGACUCCACUUUCCAUAGCGAUGUGUUACGCACCAUUCCCAACCAUCGAAAUGCUCUUCCGUUACGGCGGAUCUAUCGAGCAUGGGCAGCUUUUACAUCAUGCCGUGCGGCGGGUUCUUGCCGAUCGCGUCAGGGUAGUCAAUUAUAUCCUCGAUAUGGGUCCCCCAAUCAACGAUAUCAUGUACCAAAACCAGCCGUAUAAUUACAGCCUACAAGAAGAUUUCGGUAUUGGGACUGCAUUACACGGAGCCGCUGAGCACGGCUACUUGGAUGUAGUCGAGCUGUUGUUAGCCAGAGGCGCAGACCCCUUGGCUAAAGAUGCAAAAGGGAAACUCCCGAUUGAAAGGGCUCGGCGCGAAGGUCGGAAAGAGAUUGUAAAUUUUCUCCUUCCUCUCUCUUCUUAG